AUGAAGAAAAAGCAGUAUGACCCAAAUGCUUUGAAAUAUGCCUAUGAUGCUGUCCAAAAUGGAAUGUCUGUUUACCAGGCUGCAAAAAACUAUGGUAUUCCAGAAAGCACACUUAGAGAUAGGACACUUGGUUUGGUUUCUGUGGAUGGAAGAUGCUCAAAUUACCUGUUUGAUGAGGGUAUUAUGGGCAAAAGAAAACUUCAGGAGGAUAUAUUAAGUAACAAAUGUGACAUAUUCAAAACUUACCUUGAAAAGCACUUCCUCAAGUAUGUAUCUCAUGAUAUCUCUGGCACUCCUCUACUGAUAUUGUUUGAUGGCCACCGCUCCAAUGUGAGUUUAACUUUACAAGAUUGGGCUGAAUCUAAGAACAUCAUCCUUUUCAUACUUCCACCACACUGUAGCCACAUUUUGCAGCCACUAGAUAUAGGGUGCUUUGGACCACUAAAGGCUUGUUACAACAGGGAGGCACAGUUGUUUAUGCGUAGAAACCCUGGAUGUAAAAUCACAAAGUUUAAUAUUGGACAGAUGUCAUGUUCACCAUACCAGAAAGGUCUCUCAGCACAGAAUCUGACAUCAUCUUUCAAGAAAAGUGGAAUAUAUCCUUUUAACCCAAAAGCCGUUGACACUACUGAACUUGCUCCAGCUACUUUUUACCACUAAGCAACAUCUGAUGAAGCAUCUGAAUCUACAAUGAACCAUAGCCAUAUUUCCCAAGAUGAUGAAAACACUUUUAAUCAGCCUGAUCAAUUAAGAAAUGUUCCCUCUCAUGAAAUAAGCAAUUCUGCCACUUUGACAGUACAACAAUUUGAAGUUUCAAUAUCAGCUCCAAAAGAACAUGAUAUUUUAUCAGAUCAUGAUGAAUCAAACAGUCAACCCUUGCUAGUUCCCUUUGAAAGCAUACACCCUGACAUUCAAAUAUAUACUGCAGAACCUAUAAUUGAACUGAACACAUCAAACAAAAACACAGUAAACAGUUCUCCAUCCGGAUUCCUGCUAAAAAGGUCUGUUGUCUCAGUUGAAAAGACAGAAAAGAAAAGGAACCACUUUACCAUAACAGGAAAUUUAGGAAAAAAGAAAAACAUGGAUCAUCUGAAUCAGUCAAAAAAGAAAGUAGUAUUUAAACUACCCUAUAAGAAAUCAGAGCCAAUGGCAGUUGAAAAUGUAACUACAUGUAAAAAACAAAACAAAACAAGAAAAGAUACUAAAAAGAUGGCACCCUUGAAAAGAAAAAGUUCAACUGAGAGGGUUAAAACUGAAAAACAGAUGAAAUUAUCAGAGGAUGAUGUUAAUGCAGGUCUUGGUACAUCUGGUUUGAACAAAGAUAAAGGAGGACCCAUAUGUCUUGAUAAUUCACUAAGUGACAGUGAUCUGACCGAUGAUGAUGACAGUGAAACUUGCUGCGUUUGUAACAAGAAAUCUUCCUCAGAGAUUCGACAAUUAGCAGGAAUUGUUUUUUUUAAAUGGGCACACUGUGACAAUGAUAACUGUCGUCACUGGACACAUCUCCAAUUCUAUAGUGAUGUUAGGGUUUUGAGGAGAGGGGAUACAUUCUUUUGUCGCCACUGUAAAGCACAGUGAACCGUUACACAGAACACUAUUCCAAGAACUGUUAUUCUGAU